CCAAUGGGUCAAAAUUUAUCAACUCAACUUCGGAGCAAAAAAAGUAGAAAGUUAUUGAAUCUGGACUUGAGCAACCGAAAUUUAGAAGAAAUACCAAGUACUAUUGGAAACUUGGUAUCAUGCAUAAAUUUAGAUUUAGAAGGAAAUAACUUGGUUAGUCUGCCAGACGAAACAUGCUUGUUAACAUCGCUAAAGGUCUUGAAUGCCAAAAAAAAUAAGUUGAGUUCACUUCCUACUAACAUAGGUGACUUAGAACGACUGGAAGAACUAUAUUUGCAAGAGAAUAACUUGUUUCGUUAUCCUUUACCACCGUCUAUCGGCAAAUUAAGCAACUUAUCAAAACUGUACUUAUCUUUCAAUCAUUUGGAAGAGCUUCCCCCAGAAAUCAAAACUCUAAGUUCAUUGUCUAUAUUGGAUUUGAGCGACAAUAAUUUCAAACACCUACCUAAAGAGUUCUGCGAUCUGACAUCAUUAGAAAUCUGUAAUUUAAGCAACAACAAGCUUCAAUCUUUACCCCCUGGCAUCGGUGUGCUCACUAGACUAGACACUUUAAAUCUUACCAAAAACAGCCUAUCGGUUAUCCCAGAUGAUAUUGGAAAAUGCAAACAUUUGGUUUACUUCAACGUUAGCUUCAAUUCUUUAAAAAAGAUUCCUGAUACUAUCACUAAUUUGACUAACUUAACUGAAUUUAACGUUUCUGACAACCCGCACUUAUCUGAUUUACCCACCCUGGAAACUUUCGUUAACUUGUCUUAUUUGGGAAUCAGCAAUUUAAAAAUUACGACUAUACAUGGCUUGCAGAAUUUGAAAAACUUGGUAGAGUUUGAUUUUCGUGAUAGCCCUUUAUUCAAUCAUCUUCCUCAAAGUUUGUAUACUCUCACAAGCCUUCAAUACCUGGACAUCCACAACAGAAAAAUGUCGGAGAUAGAACAAGGUAUAGGUAAUCUGGUAUCACUAAAAACUUUGGAUCUUCGGCAGAACGAGUUAGGAACAAAAUCUAUACCACAAGAAAUAGGUCGGUUAAAAUUGUUGGAAAAACUUUUCUUGGGCCAGAAUCACCUAACCGAAAUCGAUCCAGUAUUCGGGGAUCUGACAUCGUUAGUUUACCUUGAUUUAAGUAAUAACUCGAUUCAAGAACUGCCUGAGACUAUCAGAAAUCUAGUUAACCUGAAGAGGCUUAAUUUAAGCGGAAACCAACUGACGAGAAUACCAAAAGGGGUUGGAAAUUUGACGUCAUUAACUCAAUUAGAUUUGAAAAAUAACCAAAUAGGCGUUCUUCCUGAUGAAUUAGGUUGCUUGACUAAUCUAGCAAAGUUUGAUUGUUCUCACAAUCUACUCUACGAAUUGCCCUACAAGCUAGGAGAUUUGGCUGGCACACUUCAGCAAUUUAACUAUGACCAUAACCCCUUUGUUUUACCACCAAAAGAUGUUCUUUCUAAGGAUGCUUACACCGUUCUCAAAUGGCUUAAAGACAAUGCAAAGACAAAGAAGAAAGUCACUGGAUUAACAAUCAAAUAAAAACUAAUUUCUCAUAUUUAUCUCUUCUAA